CCUGGAACGAAAAGACAGUCAGUCCUCUGCAGAACUCCCACAGUUACCAGUAGUCGUGCGACGCGAUGGAGUCCGCCUCGGGGCGAUCCGCCGCCGCGUCCAAACCCCAAUCCCUUUCCCCUUCUCCUCCGACGGCGCAGCCCGAUCCCGACGCCGACCGCCCCCCGAAGGCGAUGACGACGGCGGAGGUAGAGGCGGUCAUCGCCGCGCUCCCGGCCAAGAAGGACGCCCUGCGCGAGGCCUUCCACCGCCUCGUCGCCUGCUCCCCCUUCCCGCUCCCCUUCACGUGGGACGACCUCGACGCCCACAUCUCCUCCCUCCAGUCCGCCAUCGCCCUCCGCUCUCUCCAGCUACGGGUCCUCGAUGCGGCCCGCCCCGUUUCCGCACCCGCCACCAUUGGCGGCGACGAGAAGGGCAAGAAUCAAGGAGAGGACGAGACCAGCGAGGAGGAAGAGGAGGAGUUAGUCGAAGAGGAGGUGCAGGAGACUGGGGAGGACGAAGAGGAUGAUGAUGAAAAGGACGAUGAGGAAAAGGAGGAGGUGGUCGAAGAAGAGUAUGAGGAAGUGGAGGUGGUAGAAGAGUACGAGGAAGAGGUGGAGGAGUAUGAGGAAGUGGAGGUGGAAGAAGAGUAUGAGGAAGUGGAGGUGGUAGAAGAGUACGAGGAAGAGGUGGAGGUGGAAGAAGAGUAUGAGGAAGUGGAGGUGGAAGAAGAGUAUGAGGAAGAGGAGGUGGAAGAAGAGGAGGAGGUGAUGGAUGCCAACAAUGCAGCUGACAAGGAGAAGAAUGCCGACACGGAGAUGCAGGAAGAGGAGGAGGUGAUGGAUGCCAACAAAGCAGCUGACAAGGAGAAGAAUGCCGACACGGAGAUGCAGGAAGAGGAGGAGGUGAAGAUGGAAGAGCAGGAGGAAUUGAAGGUCAUCGAAGAGGUUGAUGACAAGGAGCAGAAGAAUGGUAAUGUAGGGAAAGGUAAAGAGGAGCAGGAGUCUGGCGAGGAGAUGGGGAAGGCAGUAGAGGAGCAGCAGGAGGCCAAGAAGGUGUCACGGGAACAGUACAUUAAGGAGCAGACGGGGGAGCCCAAGAUUGUUUCUUCGAAAGAGGCAGAUCUGCCUCUUCAAGGCGUCGAUAAGGAUCUCAUGGCGGCAUGCGCUACAAUGGAUUCCACAAGUCUGGUGGAGUUUGUGUGCAAAAUUGGCAGGCGGCAAGAGUACCAUCUGGCUAUGCGCCACGCCCAAGAUGCUGCUGCUCUUGCCCUUCGUGUUGUCAGGGGCUUUCUGCUAAAAAAACAGACAAAGAACAACAAUGUCUGGGAGAACUGUGUUCAGCUGAUCCGGUGUGUCCCUGAGCAGUCUCCCGAGUUUUCCAUGUCCACGAUAGAGCAGGCGAAGCAGCUUGCAAAGGACUGGAAGAAUAUGAUUGAUAAGCCGGAGAAUUGUGGGGAUCUUGGCAUACUGGCCUCAUGGGCCCUCCUUUACUUUCUCAUAUCUUACAACAUUGUGUCAGAGUUUGGCGUUGAUGAGAUCAUCCGUCUCUUUGGCACUGUCCCCCGCAAGUAUCAGAGGAGGAAGUGCUUCGAGCUCUGCAAGGAUCUUGGUCUGGUUAGUAGGAUCAGUGACUUAAUUGGUUACUUGAUUGCAAAUGGACAACAGUUGAGUGUCAUACAACUGGUACAUGCUCUUGAUUUGGUGGACGAAUAUCCUCCUCUUCCUCUUCUGGAGGGAUAUGUUGAAAAGGCAAAAGGGACUGCGCUAGAGCUACUUAGCAAGAAUGCAUCACACAAGAAUCCGGCUGUAUCAAAGGAGAUUCAGAGUCUACGGGUGGCGCAUACUAUGCUUAAGCAACACACUGAUUCUAGCCAAUCGGUUGCUAUCUUGGCAGAAAUUGAUAGCUUGUUAGCUGGAUAUGCAAAUAAGCGUAGUUUAAUAAAUGCCUCUACUGCCUUGACAUCAAAUUCAUGGCAGCAGAAAGAAACUCAACAGAAGCAGCGGCAGGAACAAAAGCCAUGUGACGAGGGGAUGAAGCAAAACCAGGAAAACAAGAAGCGCAAAAACGAGAAGCAACAUGAGGGACAAGAUAGCCAGCUGCAGGGAAAGAAAGAAAAGCUGCAAAGGAAGCAGGAACAGCGUAAACAACAUAAGCUGCAAGAAAAUAAGGGGCAACAGCCACAUAAACCUAGGACACAACAGAGGCAGAGGCAGAGACAGCCGCAGCCGCAGCACUUAUACCAGCCAAGGCCAUGGGUUAGCGCCCCAGGUGUUCUGCAGCCUGUGGUUCCACAUGUGGCACAGUUUGGCCCCAUUGGUUAUGGACCAGCUGUAAUGCCUGGAGUUCAAGAUGCUCCAUUUCCUGUGAAUUUCGGAGUUCAGUUUAAUCCUUACCAGCUAAAUCCUAUAUACCACUAUCCGGCAUUCUAUCCCAGAUAGCACUUACAAGUCAGUUGUAGGAACUCAAACUCCCGAAAUAUUUUUUCUUUAUUAUGAUGCUACAGUAAUUUUUUCCCCUGAAUGUGUUUUUGACAAGCAUGAAUAGACCCCAUGAUUAUCUCGUGAUACUGUUUGUACAAUAUAUAGAGAGACAUGUUUUGCCCUACUGUGAAUCAAGUAUGGCUUGUUCGAGGUUACAGGCUUUCUAUU